GGCCCGAGUGCACAAGCCUUUGGAAGUCCCCACUUAGGGAGGAAAAUUCUCGGCAGCCGCCCGUGCAUCAGGGGGUGGGUGGGAAGGAGGUGCGGCCAAACGUUGGGAGCCCAGGGGUGUCCGGGGGGACUGGCCCCCGGGUUCUUUUGCGGGGCAGGGUCCGGGGGGCGGGAGUGGGGAUCUCAGAAGAGAAGGGGCACGGCCGGAGGACCCGAGCUCCCGCGGCUACUGGACCACCGGGGAGCACUGCAGAGGGCGGGGCGUGGGAACCUCUUUGUGGCCCGGGGGAGCAGCUCGGCGGGCGGAGCCGGGGCCGGACCCGGACCCUGCAGCCUCCGCGGCCUGCUCGCUCGCUGCGCUGCGCCUCCCCACCUCUCCGGCGGGCAGCCGGGCACGAAGGCGCGGGCAGGCGCGCGGCGGCGGGAGCUGGAGCCCGGGAGAGGAGCGCUCGGCGGCGGCGGCGGCGGCGGGGACAGCUCCCACCCCAGCAUGAGCGGGCUGCACGUUGACCGGGCCCGGCUGCCCGGGGUGCAGGAGGUUCGUCAAGAUUUUGCUAUCCUUGAAGAUGGAGCCCUGGCUCAUUGUUUGCAGAAACAAGAAAUUGAACAACAUUAUGCUUCCAACGUGCAGAAGAGUCAGCUUGUUCAGAUGGACAUUCGGAUAGCCCGAAAGCUGCAAGAUGUGGAAAAUCAGGAAAGAGAACUGGGAAAAUCUCACCAACAGAAAAAAAUGGAAGAGAGUGACUCUGAGCUGGCUCGAUCAAUCCAGGAAGAAAUUCAGAGAAAAGCAGAGGAGUGUCGUCAGAGAGAAGAAGAUGAUCAGGAAAUAGCCAAGCAAUUGCAAGAGUUAGAAGAAGAAGCAUCUUCCUUUCCGAGCUCCCACAGCACAAGAGAUGUGAAUCACUCCGAACAUAGCGACACAGACCACCUAAACUGGCAAAUGGCUGAGCUGGAACUCCAAAGUCAAGAGCAACUCCAACAAGAUGAAGAAUUGGCCUGGAGAUUGCAAGAAGAAGAGGAGACUCAUAUAAGAACAAGAAGGAAUCGGGAGCGCAAUGAUGACUAUCGCACUGCACAAGUGGCCCAGGAUGAGGAGAUUGCCAGGUACAUGCAAGAUCAAGAGCUGAAGUACCAUCAGAGAGAGGUUCGGGAAUGGGAGCUAAGAAGGGAAAGCAGAAGCGGAAGCCUCAGUUUCUCUGAACAAAGGCAGAGCAGGAGCAAGAAGACUCCAGUACUCCUGGACUCUGAGGUUGUGCCCCUUGCUCGAGAUCCACCUCCAGACUGUUCUGACUUCCCAGCCCAAGAAUCCGGGGCACACAGUACAAAGCAGCUGUUUUCUCGGAAUAUUGCUGAAGAAUUGGAUCCAACAUUUAAAUCAAAUGGGACAGACCCACCUGUGGAUGUACCUGCUGUCAGUUCCCAAGCUCUUGCUCAUACAGUGCCGGUAGAGGGUCUUUUUGAAUACAACGAGGAAAUCGCCGAAGCAGCCUUCAUCUCCCCAACCAAGCGUCAGUCGGGACGCCAGAAAACCAAAGAUAAGAAAGAAGCUUGCAAGCAGCAAUGAGAUAGAGCUUCUCGCUGCCCCCACUCCAUCCUCUCCUCCUUCCCCUCCUCGAUGUCCCCGCAAAGGGAAACUUAGUUAAACUUGAUGUCAGAUAAAAUCCUGGACCACAGAAACUCCUUUACCAUGUCCUUCAAUGGCUUCCUGCCUCUUGGCCAUAUUAGGACACCUUGAUUGCUAAAUUAUUUUGUGUGUGUGUGUUUGCAAAAUGUUUUUGAUGACUAAAGAGGCAGUUAAUGGCUCAGUGGAUGGAGUACUGGACCUGGAGUCAGGGAAAUCUGAUUUCAAAUCCAGCCCCAGACACCUCUUAGCUGUGUGAUUCUGGGCAAAUCAUUUCACUCCUACCUGCCUCAGUUUCCCCCUCUAUUAAAUGGGGAUCAUUAUAGCACCUACCUUUUGGGAAUUAUUGUGAAGAUCAAACAAGAUCCUUAAAGCAUUAUAUGUAAGUGCUAUUUGUUAUUAUUAUUGUUGUUCUUAAAGAUGUCAUCUUUUUGGUUGUUUUAUCUGUGACACAUUUGCUUGAAAAAUGUCAAAAAUCAAGCAGUUCUAGAUCUUAGAUUUAUAUGACUAGAGGUGACAGAGGGAGGAUUUCAUAAAUCAGAUGGAAUUGAAACCAUCCCAGUGCCCGAGAGAGGACUUAACUGAAAGAAACUUCUUCUAGGUUUCUUCCACUGAAAUACUGCACAAAAAAUGGCACUUUUCUCUCUCCCUUCUAGCAUUGAACUCCAAAGUGAAUGGGAAGCUCUGGAUCUAUUUCAGGGCAAAUUAGUCUAGUCUAUAGGAAGAAGUCACUGAAAAUAUGGAAACUCUAAGGAAGUCCUUGGAGCGGUGGGUGGCCUUGUACUCUGCCCAAUGGACUUUUCUAUCAAAUAUCCUUCAAACCAAUGAGUAUUUAUUAGUUACCCACUGUGUAAAAGGGCUACAACAGUUUAAAUAAUAAAUGGGCUCUUUCCUUAAAAAAAUAUGGGGACUAACCAUUGCACCUUAUAAAACCACUGACACCCAUUGCACCUUAUAAAACCACUGACACUCAUUAAUCUAUUCUGUGUUUUAUUUCUGACUGGGUCAGAAGAAAGACAAAUCCAUUUGAAAUCAGUUUUUUUCCUUUUCCUCUUCCUCCUCCUCUUCCUCCUCCUUCUUCUUCCAAUUUAAGUGACUUACCCAGGGUCACACAGCUCUUAAGUAUCAGUGUCUAAGGUCAAUUUGAAUUCAGGUCCUCCUGAUUUCCCAAAAGUGUAUUCGCUUCAAUAAAUCUAUUUUCUGGCUCACUGGACUUCAAAUUUCCUAUUACCAGAAGUAGAAUGAAUCACAAUUCAGUUGAAGAAAUUUUGUCUAAAACAAAUAGGAAGUUGAGCGCUCAAAUGUGUCUCUUCAAUUUGAGAAAAUGCCUGGACGUGGAACAAUAAGGUUAAUAUAGGUUUACAUUAUGAACAAAGUAUAGUUUAAUCAAGAUGGAACUAGCCGAGUCAAUCCAAGAAAUAUUUUUAAGACAAUGCUAUGUGCAGAGGCAAUAUAUCGGCCUGAGGGGAUACAAAGGCAGAAUAAUAACAGACAAAUACAGUUCCUGCCUGACCUUAAGAAGUUUGCUUUCUGUGAGAGGAAUAUGGUAAUUCCUCAUUGCGGGUGGGAUGGUUUUGAGACAUGGCACCCCUAAGCAAAUUAAGAUUUAGUGAUCCAUUGACUUCAUGAUCUGGAAAAUCCCCAUAAAAUUUUUUUGACCUUCCCUUUGUACCAGAGAAGAAGUUUGAAUUUUUCCUUUUUCUUUUGUGGGGUGCUUACAGUAUCUUAUUGUAAAUUUUGGGUUGAGUUUUAGGUCAUAGGUUCUGUGUCAUUUGCUGGCCUUUGCGUGUUGUUUGCAGCUUCUAUAAAACUUCCCCCAAAAUUCCCAUUUAAUUUCUUAUGCCAAUCUAUAAAUGGGCGAUAUCACGAGGUAGUAGGGAUAACUAUGUAGUCUAUCCUGUGCACAGAGAAGUAGAUUCAUGAGAAAUCGAGGAAGAAAACAAAGAAUUAGGAAGAUGAGAAGUUCAUGUAAAGAAAAUUGAUCCUUAAAAGAAAACUGAGCCUAAAGUGAGGAAGGGAGAAAUGGCUUCCAGGGGCCUUAGUAAGAAGCCUGAGUCUAGAAACUUGACCAGAAUCUUAGUGCUUUAUAAAAAAUCUGAUUUUCUUUGGACUGUAGUAACAAACAUCAUAUGGCAUAUCUCCUUUAAGAGGAGAUCAUUAAAAGGAGAUAUGUCAUAGAAAUACACAGGAUUUUUUUUUAAUCACAAGAUUCUUCCAGGAGCUAUUCCCUAAAAAUGAAAGAGUUUCAGGAGGUCUACUGGGAAGUAUAAGCUGAAAUAUAUGAUGCACAGAGCCCCAAAAUUUAGCAUAAUAUUUGCAUGGAGUAAGAUGUAUCUCUCAAGAUAUACCUGGAUGAUUGAUUGCCUUUGACAUGGGUAACAUAAAACAGUAUGAAAAGAUUUUAUUUUGAACAUAUAAACUUGUUCUGUCCAGUAGCAUGUGUCUCUCCUUCAUCUCGAUGGUUUGUAGUCCUGCAUUGCCUUUAGAAAAGGUGCUAGUAAUGUUUUAAACUUCUUGAAUGUUUUCCAAUGGUCCUAUUGUCUUCCUCCUUAAAAUAAAUGUGUUGGAAAGAGA